AUGGUUGCGAGGAUCCAUGGACAUCUGCCUCGGGAACUGGUGGAGAAAUUUGCCAGUCUGUCACCCGAAGAGCGCAUCAAUGCGUUGAUGGCCAACAAAGUACCGGACGACCAGCGCCUCGUCUCGAAAUUCAUGGAGCAAGAGUGCAAGUUACGAGAAGUAAAAAUACUGUCGCCUAAGCAAGCACUUGUGACCUUUGCCUUCAAGGUCAGUCGAUUUUACUGCAACGGUAGUGGCAAUCUACACGGCGGCUCCCAAUCCGCCUUCUUCGACGUCUGCACAUCUAUAGCUCUGAUGAGCAUCGGCAAACCAGGUUUCUGGCUCAAUGGCGGUGUCAGCAGGACGCUGAACGUCACCUAUCUCCGACCUGCUCCAGAAGGCGAUGAUUUGAUCAUGGAGUGUGAGAUCGUGAGCAUGGGCAAGAGUCUGGCUCUUCUCAAAGCACGACUAAAGCGAGAAAGCGAUGGUGCUUUGAUCAGUACGUGCGAUCACGACAAGGCUUUCGUACCAACGAAACCUGGGUGGAAGCUUUGA